AUGCUUUCCAGCCUGUCAGAAUCAGCUGUUAUCUUCUGGUUGUGUUGGUUGAUGAUAGUAGCUGGAGCUGCUAGUGCGAUACUGCUGUUGCUGGGCACUAGAGCCAUGUAUGGACGAUACAGUGUCCAAUCCGCUUUGAUGAUCCCACCGAAGUUAGCAUGGUUCAUACAAGAGCUUCCUUCGUUCGCUAUACCUCUUUGUUAUAUCAUUGGAUGCAGGAGUCUUCCAGGCAUUGUGGUGUUAGUCGCAUUUCUGAUCCACUAUUUUAACAGAACAUUCGUCUAUCCAUUCCAGUUAAAAUCUGGGAGUGGAACACCAUGGUACAUCUGUCUUCUGGGUGUUUUAUUUUGUGUAUGGAAUGGUUAUAUACAGGUUUGUGCACUAGUUCAAUUAAAUUCAGGAAUCCUAAUUUUCGCCAGUGGAAUGUUCAUAAAUAUAACAUCGGACGGAAUACUUCGGAGUCUUCGACGACCCGGUGAAACAGGUUACAGGAUACCACGAGGUGGAUUGUUUGAAUACGUCUCGGGAGCGAACUUUUUCGGUGAAAUUGUUGAAUGGACUGGAUUCGCCAUAAUGUCACAAUCACUACCAGCGUUUGCUUUCGUGUUUUUCACCGCUUGUAAUGUUGGUCCACGAGCAAUCCAUCAUCAUCAAUGGUACCUUAACAGAUUUCCCAACUAUCCAAAAGAUCGCAAAGCUCUUAUUCCUUUUAUGUUGUAA